AAAAUAAACAAUGUCAAAUUGUCAAAGAUAUUAUUAGUUAAGUUUCAAUUUUGUUUCAAUGUUAAAAGGUAGGUAAAUAAAGUUAUUCCCAGGUAAUAUGGCAGGAAAAGGCAGAGGUAAUGGAAAGUCAUUAACUCAUGAACAGUUACAAGCUCUUGGCAUUACUCGGGCUGAUAAUGCACCACAAAUUUUAGCUCCGCCGCCUUUAUAUCCAAAAUUAGAACUAAAACCACUUCCCUUAAAUUGCGACGCCGCGAUGGACUACAUGGUUAUUGUAAAGGAUCAAUUUAUUGAGUAUUUGCACGAGUCACCUGCAUACGUUAAAGCAAAUACACGGACUGAUGGCAUAGAACGAUAUUCUGACAAAUACAAGCUCCUUGCUUUAGAUGCAAAAAAAGGUAGAGGCUUAGAAUGUAUUUGGGCAAACAUGCCACCCGAGUUAAGGCCACACGGUGGACGAACUCGCACUACUACCCGCAAACGAAAAUUAGACGACCCUACUGAAAUAGCAAAAAGAUUACAAACAUUGGAGAAGAAAGAAUCUCAGGAAGAUACAGGCCUGGCAACUAAUGAAAAUGAAGAUGAAGUCAAAAAAGAAGAUGACGAUAAUGAGGAGCUGCUGGAUGAACAAGAACCAGAAGAGGAAAUUGAUGAUGGCACAGACUACGCCAAUAACUAUUUUGAUAAUGGAGAAGAUUAUGAAGAUGAAGAUGACACACUUGAUGAUGGACCAGUAUACUAGAUUAGAGUAGAAAUAAAUCAUUUAAUCUGUGAUAAUAAAACAAACAACAUACAUUAAUAAUUUGUAGAGUUUAAAAUUUUAAAAUAUUUAUACUAAAAAAGCGAUUAUUACCUUAGCAUAUUGAGCCAGCACAUAUUUUAGAACACAGGUAGGUGCUGCAUGAAGUAGUGGUUCUAGAGCCGGCCGGUGUAAACAACAUUGAAGAGAUUGUUUGAGAGCACAUAAAGCUCUUGCUUUAACCUCUCCAGAUGACUUUGGAUUUGUAUAUAACUAUAAAUAAACUUCUGAUAUAAAUGAUGA